CGCGCUGAGUCUGUAGGCGCCGUGUCCGUGGGCGCCUCGCCCGGCCGGGCCCAUGUGCGCGCGGCCCGCCCCAGGCCGCCCGGGCUUCGCCUCCGCCCGCGCCCUGGCCUCCACCCGGGCCUCCGAGGAGCCGCCGCGACGCCCGGCCCGCGGGGCAGGUAAAGAGAUUAUAAGUCUACUGAAUGAAAAAAUUUUUCUUAAAGUUGCAUAUACUCCAAGAGAAAAUCCCAAAUGUUUUUAUAUUUUGCCUAAAUACAAAAUUUAAACAAGGAGUUUCCACAGAAGCUUCCUUAGUAAUCUUGGAAGCUGCUUCCUCUGCCUGAACGCCUCCUUCAUGAUAUGCAGAUUGUUUCGUGGAAUCUCUCCAGUCUCACAGAAGGACAGCCACUCCUCAACUUGUUCUCGAAGCUUCUUCUCCCCAAAUACACUGCUCUGUGGGCGUCACCAUGUUCUGGAAGUUUGACUUGAACACCACGUCCCACGUCGACAAGCUGCUGGAUAAGGAGGACGUGACGCUGCGAGAGUUAAUGGAUGAAGAUGACAUCUUGCAGGAGUGCAAGGCCCAGAACCGGAAGCUGCUGGACUUCCUGUGCAGGCAGCAGAGCAUGGAGGAGCUGGUGAGCCUCAUCACACAGGACCCAGCCCUGGAUGUGGAAGAGAAGGUCCGCUUCAAGUACCCAAACACAGCCUGUGAGCUGCUGACGUGUGACGUGCCGCAGAUCAGCGACAGGCUGGGAGGGGACGAGACUUUGCUCAACCUCCUUUACGACUUCUUGAACCGUGAGCCGCCUCUCAAUCCUCUCCUCGCCAGUUUUUUCAGCAAGACCAUUGGCAGUCUCAUUGCAAGAAGAACUGAACAGGUGAUUGUGUUCUUGAGGAAGAAGGACAAGUUCAUCAGCCUGCUGUUGAAGCACAUUGGCACCUCGGCCCUCAUGGACCUGCUGCUGCGCCUGGUCAGCUGCGUAGAGCCCGCCGGGCUCCGGCAGGAGGUCCUGCAUUGGCUUAAUGAAGAGAAGAUCAUCCAGAGACUCGUGGAGUUGAUCCAUCCGAGUCAGGAUGAAGAUAGGCAGUCCAACGCUUCUCAGACGCUCUGCGACAUCGUCAGGCUGGGCAGGGAGCAGGGCAGCCAGCUGCAGGAGGCUCCAGAGCCAGACCCCCUCCUCACGGUGCUGGAGUCGCAGGACUGUGUGGAACGGCUGCUGAGGAACAUGUUUGACGGAACCCAGACCGAGCUCUGCCUCGUCAGCGGGACCCAGGUGUUGCUGACCUUGCUUGAGCCCCGGCGGGCGGGGAUGGAGGGCUUGCUGGACUCCUGCUCUCAGGGACUGGACAGGCUGUGUGCCGUCAGCUCCGGCGUCCUGCGCGGCAUCGAGCCUCGGCUGAAGGACUUCCACCAGCUUCUGCUCAGCCCGCCAAAGAAAGCGGCGAUCCUGACCACCAUUGGCGUGCUGGAGGAGCCCCUGGGUAACGCCCGCCUGCACGGAGCUCGCCUCGUGGCCGCCCUGCUGCACACGAACACGCCCAGCAUCAACCAGGAGCUCUGCCGGCUCAACACCAUGGGCCUGCUGCUGGACCUGUUUGUUAAGUACGCCUGGAAUAACUUCCUGCACUUCCAAGUGGAGCUGUGCAUAGCCGCCAUCCUGUCCCACUCUGCCCGGGAGGACAGGGCCGUGGCCAGUGGACCUGAGGCCGGGGUGGAGCCUCCGCCCUCCAGCGGGGACCCUGAGACCCCCCAGCCUGCUGCCAGCCGCCCUGAGAGCACGAUGGUGACCCACCUGUUUCAGAAGUGUUGCCUGGUCCAGAGGAUCCUGGAGGCCUGGGAAGCCAAUGACCACACACAGGCAGCGGGUGGCAUGAGGCGCGGGAACAUGGGCCAUCUCACCCGGAUCGCCAACGCAGUGGUGCAGAGCCUGGAGGGGGGCCCCGUGCAGACCCAGGUCAGCGAGGUCCUCCGAGGGCUCCCCUCGGAUUGCCGUGGGCGCUGGGAGAGCUUUGUGGAGGAGACGCUGAUGGAGGCCAACCGUAGGAAUGCGGUGGACCUGGUUAGCACCCACCAUCUUCACCCCUCGAGUGAGGACGAGGACAUGGAGGGCGUUUUCCCUAAUGAGCUGUCCCUUCAGCAGGCUUUCUCCGAGUACCAGGUCCAGCAGAUGACGGCCACCUUCGUGGACCAGUUUGGCUUCAGCGACGAGGAGUUUGCUGAGCAGGACGACAGCGUCAACGCCCCAUUUGACAGGAUCGCGGAGAUCAACUUCAGCGUCGACGCUGACGAGGACAGCCCCGGUGCCGCUCUGUUUGAGGCCUGCUGCAGUGACCACAUCCAGCCCUUUGACGAGGACGACGACCUCUGGGAGGACGGGGAGACACACUGUGUGGCCCGCGUGACCAGAGCCAGGUUCGGGGGCCCUCACACUUCAGAGAGCUGCCAGAAGGACGGCCUGGAGCGCCGAGGCCAAGGUGGGGAGGAGAGCUCGGAAGCAGACGGGGACGGGGCUCGGGCGGGCGCCCCUCAGGCUACCGUCCAGAAGGAAGGUCCUCGUGUUGAGGGUGGCUCAGAAGCAGGCGCCCCGUGGACGAUGUCUGAUGAGCUGGUGAAUUCCACGGCCUCGGGCCUGGCCCCGGCAGUGGCGAUGGACGUGGGUUCCAGUGUGUGGGCGGCCAGCGCGCCCAGCGCCUCGGCUGCAGAGGAGAGAGGCUGGGCCAGGUUCGCCGACUUCCAGCCUUUCUGCUGCUCUGAGUCGGGGCCCAGGUGCAGCUCCCCCGUGGACAGAGGUCACGGCGAUGCCCAGGGUGGCCUGAACCGGGGCCCAGAGAGAACCCCUGGCCCGGCCACUCUGGGUGCCUGGAACGCAUCUGUUGCCAGGAAGGCGCCCCUGGUGGCCUCCAGCAGCCGUGAGGACAAGCAGAAGGUGGCUGUUGCCUUGGAGGCUGUUAGGAUGGGUCCCGGUCGGGAGGCCCCCCCACCGCCUGUGUUAGUCCCCAGGGCUGAGCGCGCCACCAGCACGCCUCCAGACCUGGCCUCCCUUGCGCCUGUGGAAGUGACCUCUGCCCCAGUCGGGGCUGUCCUCCCCGAGGCUGCCGUGGUGGCCACCACAGUACCGAGCAACGCCGGCCCCGCCCCGGCCACCCCGGCAGUCUCUCCUGUGCUGGCCGCGGCCGUCAUCCCUGCAGCCCCAGCUGUCUCCACGGCGGCCACCCUGGGGACAGUGACAAAGGACAGGCAGACUGACGGGCCGCCGCCCGCGGGAGCCGCCUUAAAUGGCCUCGUGUGAUCCUGCCGCUGCCCAGCCUUGGCGCCCCAACCAAGAAAACUACCUGGUGACGCAGUUUGUCUUUUUUAAUUUAACUUAAUUUAAUUUUAAAAUAAAUGCUGCAUUGGUAAAGCUGGCAAUUGGAA